AGGUUUGUGCUAUAGUUUAUGUUGAAAGUACUAACCGGAAUAAACGUGUCGUGCUGGCUCACUUGACGGUGGUGUACAGGCUAACCCAUCAGGCGGCUUGUUCCGCGCUGUCUAGUCCAGCUUGUCAACAACACUGCAACCUGAGACGGGAUAGCCAGCCAGUUGGCUAGCUAAGUAAACCAGCUAAGUUAGCCGCUCUGCUAGCCCUUGUAUGAACCAACUGUCACGACUCGUAAUUCUUCUGCUAAGUUGGCUAAAAAUUUCGCGUGCGAAGUUGUUUCUACAUGAGAGGAGGCAAAACGGACUUUCCCAUUUGGCUCCUUCAACUCCUUCCACCUGUUGUGAUAUGACAUCGCUGCUUGGUUUCAACAAAAGCCUGAGCUGUACAGCAGACGGUUGACAUCUGGUCAGGUGUAUAAUUUUGCUGCAGGGUAAGGCACUCCCAAGACAAAGUCCACAGUAAUGGCUAGAUAGAUUUUGUUUUUUUUUUUUGUUAUUCAUAGGAGACCUUUUUCUUUUUACUUCAAGCUGCCCUUGAAGAAGAUGGCUGCCCAGGUGGAGGUUCAGACUGGGGAGGUAGGGAGGACAGCGGCGGGAGGACGACUUCACCUGAAUCCCCUGACUGACUCCAGCAAUAAGAGCCUCAUUGAGAUCCCUUCCAUCAACCAGUCCCAUAUCAUCACUCCAGAACCUAACAAACCUGUCCCAGGACCCAAGCCACGGCUCACUCCUAAACCUUUUGCUGUGGAUAAAAACCCCACCAUUAAGCCCAUACUUGCCCCAAAGCCCCAAACCAAGCCCCGCCCAGAGUCCACUCGCCUUGCUGGAUACAAACCAGAGCUUCUAUGCAGUCCAAAACCACAGCAAGCGGUUGCCACUGUUAAACCCAGGCCAGUGUCAACCAAUCCCAACCGUCCUGCUCCUACCUCCUUUAAAACAUCUACUAUGUUGAACACUGGACAAACAACAAAGCCAGUAGUCCAGCCAUUUAAACCAGCCCCUCCUCUUGAACCUGAAGACCCCAGCAAAUCCAGUCCUCCUGUGCUAGCGGAGAGGCAGAAGCCUGGUGCAUCAAGCUUGGGCUAUUCCAAGAGCCUUAGAAAACUCCCAGCUGCAGAGUGGUCUGGAACCACUAAAAAUGAAGACGAAAAGGACAACAUGACAGCCAACGAAGGUGAGGUCUCCAUUACCAGAGCCAAGUCCAUGGGUUUUCUAGUUCAGGUAGGGCAGGAUGAAGAAGAAAAGGAAAAAGCUAAACCUGAGCCAGCUGUGCCACUGAGACCCAAGCCCAGAGGCUCUAGGCCCAGACCUUUAUCAGCCAUUUUCCUUGACAGUCCAACCAAGACAGAGGCACCAGUUGCUGCCCCUCGCUGGGCUGGCAGACGACCGCUUUCAGCUGAUCUCACAUCCAAGUUUGAGUCUAUCGGUCUGUCACUGCACCGUAAAAGUCCUAAGGCAAACACUAAGGAGAACACACCAGAGGAAACAGCACUGCCACAGAAAAGAGAGCAAGAGAAAACCCCUAAGAGUACCACACCACAAAAUACUGAUGUCGUAGCUAAGCCUGCCAUCUCAGAACAGAGCAACCAAAAGACAGAAGAAAUGACUGUGAAAGAGAUUGAUGAGGAUAAGCGUAGGGUUAGCAUCAAGUCACGAAUCAGUCUCCUCCUAGAUUUGUCCUCCACUCCUGGGACAGGUGCCACAGUCCAAGGGUCAGAUCUUAACUCUCCAGUGCAGCUGGUCCCUCAAAACGAACCACCGGUGGGUGUUAAGCAGCUCAUCAAGCAGCUGACAGAGGAUACAACACCAACUCAGAGUCCCAUCAUGAAACCGGCACUGAAGCCCCGCCCCUUGCCACUCGACCUAACUAAAAGGUUUUCAUCCAAGAGGUCCCCUGACCUUGGCAGUGUUUCCCUCAGUGAGACAACAGACCACCAUGAGAUCAGCAAAGAUCCUCAGAUGAGGAAUGAAGAGUUAGCUCUCACUCCCAGCGACCACAGGACAUUUGUGGAUUUAAAAGAUUCACAAGAGCAACUCCAAAACACCCCCACGCCUGAAGGGCCUGAGGCAGGACAGACAUUUGGUGCAACUUCCAGUGGUCCCAGCAGCGAAGUACAGACAGUGCGAGCGUCCUUGUUUGAAAAUGUUGUGGAGAGGCACAGUGUGCUGAUGGUGGACGAGGGCAAGCCUGUAAACAAGCCCAAGGAUUCACUCAGCAGCCCGUCAUUUAAGAGAGGUAACAGUGAGGAUGAGGGAACUCUGGUCACUGCCACCUACAAAGAACCUGUAUCUCCGUCAAGUCCUCUGCGAGUGUUGCAUGCCUUUGACACAGUGCAGGCAAUCGAAGAGAAAAGGGCAGUGAGUGAGAACGUCCCAUCAGCUCAGUGGGAGGAUAAGGCCAUGACACUACGCUCCAGGCACUCAGAAGGGAGCAGGCCAGUGGCAGAGAGGACUGGUUCAGCCCAAGCAGAGCCAGCUAUGGUAGGGACACCAGAACAGCAGCCACGAUAUCUGAGAGUCGGAGCUUUGCAGAAGUGGACUACCACAGGCCUCAACCAAGACGCAGGUAUGGAGGAAGGGAUGUUGAAGGAAUCGCAAAGGGAAGGACAAGUGGCCAUGGAUAAAGACAGACUUAGAGUAGCAGAGCAGGAGGAAGUGGCUGCAGCACCUAAACGUUUGAAAAUGCUGCAGCCAGAAGAACAGCAGAGGGCCAGGGCAACCUACUUUGCUUUGACCGGACAAAUACAGGAGCCAGUUUCUCCUGUAGAUGCAGGAGCAAACAUAGGGGACAUGGCUGUGCCCUUUGAUUUCUCUGUGAGGUCUGCACUGGGGGGCUCUCAAGGGAUGAUUCUUCCAGUUAGGAGGAAUCCAUCAUUGGACGACGCUUUUGGAAAAACCUCCCAAGAUCAAGUUGAGGAGCUGAUGAUGAGGAGAGACAUGUCAUACAAGGAGAUUAGAUCAGCAUCGGAUGGACAGACAACAGAGGAAAUGAUGGAGGUUGAAAAGAAAAAAGAAUUAACAAAGGAGACAGAAAAACACAAAGCAAAAAUGAAAGACUUUGAAAGAGAAAAACAGAGACAGCUUGAAAUACAGAAACAAGCACAUUUAGAAUUUGCACGAAUGAAGGAGAGAGAAUUGCAAAGAGAAUUUGAAAGGCAAAGACAGAAAGCCUUUGAGAAGGAGAAACAAGAGUUUGAGAAGAAACAGCGUGCACUGGAAAGGCAGAAACAGAUAGAACUCGAAAAACAGAAACUGCAAGAAUUGGAGAGAGAGAAACAAAGAGAAAUGGAAAGAGAAAGGCAACGGCAACUUGAGAAAGAAAAACGACGAGAAUUGGAGAGACAGAGAGAGAAUGAAAUGGAGAAACUGCGAGAGCAGGAAAGGGAGAGACAGUGUGAACAGGAGAGGCAAAGACAAAGGGAGGAAGAGAGGCAGAGAGAGCUGAACAAGGAGAGACAGCUGCUGGAAAUCCAAAAGGAGAAACGGAAAAUGGAGGAGUUGGAGAGAAUUAAAGAGUUGGAGAGACAGCAGCUCUUACAGUUUCAAAAACAGAAACAGGAAGAAAAGGAGAGGCAGCAGGUAAUUGAACUCGAGAAACAGCGACUUAGAGAGAAGAUGGAGAGAGAGGAGGCAGAGAAAAUAAAACUGAUGGCACUAGAACAGGAAAUGUUAAGACUGAAAGAGCUUGAUAAAGAAAGGGAAAGACAAAAGGAGAUGGAGAAGGAGCGUCGUAAAGAGAUGGAGAGGGAAAAGCAGAGAGAGCUGGAGAGACAGAGACAACUAGAUAUUGAGAGGCAGGAAUUAGAAAACCAGAGGCUGAGACAACGAGAACUGGAGAAGGAAAGGCAGAGGAAGGAGGAGUUAGAGAGACUUAAAGAGAUGGAGAGAAGACUGCUCUUGGAGUUUGAAAAGCAAAAGCAAGCAGAGAGGGACAGACAACUAAUUUUGGAGCUUGAGAAACGCAGACUUAGGGAGAAGAUGGAAAGGGAGGAGGCAGAGAAAAUGAGACAGAUAGCCAAACAGCAGGAAGCAGAGAGGCAGCGACUAAAAGAGAAGCUGAAGAAAGAGGAGCAGGAGAGGGCGAGGUUAGAGUCAUCACCUCUCAGGCCUAAAGUGGUGGAUCUGGACUCUGUACUCCGAAAUGACCCGUUUUCCAAAGCUCCUUCUCAGCGCAGUGACCCUGCAACACGAUGGAAGGAGCCAUCUCCCAGAACCGAAGAGUCUUACAAACCUGCCAUCCUUGACAUCGACACUUUCACAUCCCAAAUCCAGCUCUCCCCCAGUAAAGACUUCUUUCCUGUUUCUAGCAUUCAGGGAGUAGAUGCCGGGUUUGGGUCUAGGUUACAGCCUACACCUGAGAGAGAUGUUAGCUGGAAGGUGCCACCACAGACUUUAGUAGGCUUCUCAAGCCCAGUAUGGACAACGUCUCCUCAGGACCCAUGGGAGCUGCAGCCUGUUGAGAUGUCUGUGGACAAACCUGUGGCUGAAUCCAGAAAACAUUCCAACAAACUCAACCCAGAGCAACUCCUCCUCAGGCAGGAGGAACAACUCCUGGCUCCACAGAGGCACUGGUCUGCCCUGCUGGAUGAGCCGCUUCACUUGGUCCCUUUUCCCGGCACAGACACCAAAACUAGUAGCUCUCCUGGUGGAGUUUACAGCAGCCCUCCUGCAGAGCAGGUCUGGUACCCCAGAGAGCCACAGCCUCAAGACAUCAGGGCUGAAGUCUGGAGCCACAGGAGAUCAGAGGGAUCCCAGGAGUUGAACAGGAUGCGGUCUCGCAGUGUGUCACGGAGAUCAGCUCCUUCAAGCAGUGCCGUGGAGGGAAGCCUUUCCAGGAUGAGGAGUCGCAGUGCCCACAGAGAGCGGGACCACCACAGCUGGGUGCAGCAAAAGCAAAGUAUCAGUGGUGAAGAGGAGGGGAAUGACUCAGAGACUCCGGUCCAUGAGACUGACAGUCAGUAUGGGACCUGGGAGACAGGACUACGCACUACUGACAGCCUUACUCCUGCCACUCCAAGCUCAGAAAGCAACCUCAGCCCUUCACCAACUGAGAGGAAGCCCACUCCCCUACACACGCCCGGUGAUGGUGCCUCACAGUUUGAAAUCGACAUUCUGGACGGCCUCCUUCCCCCAUCGUCUUCUGACAGCCAGCCACUCUCUUUCCCUGAUGCUCCCACCACUCUGUUAGACACCAGCGCUCUCCGCUCCAGAGCCCAGCUGGGCAAGAAACGAGCCCCGCGGACACGGCCCACCAGAGCUGCCCGUCAGAGUGCUGCGCUGGCAGAGGCAGAGGGAGAGGGAGGAACCACUGAGGACUGGCUUUACAGAGACUCCACAGAGGCAAAGGUGGAGAAUAAAGGCGAUGACUCGGACUCUGAGGAGCAGGCCAGAGGAGCUGAUGCCCCCCCUGCUGUUGCCUCUCAGCCACAGAGGAUCGCCCUGUUCCCUGGGAUGGACCCUUCAGCUUUAAAGGCCCAGCUGAAGAAGAGGGGUGACUCUGACAAUCAAACUGAUGGACCCACUCCCUCUCCCUCCCAGCUUUCUCGCUCUCCUAAGUCCCCCUUCCUUCCACGGGCAGCGCGUGUACUGCCCCCGCCUGGUGGGAAGGAAAAUGGCGAGGAGGGCUCACCGCAGUGGUUGAAAGAGCUGAAGUCCAAGAAGCGCUUGAGUCAAUAUGAAAAUGAGUGCUAAUAAUGAGGUUGCCUUAACAGAUGAAUCUAUAUGAAACACAAGCCUUAACGUUUGACCCAGAGAGCAGGAGAGGUGAAUCGACAGCUGCUGCUUUUUUUCCUUUUUCUUUUUUUUUUCAUUCCUUUUUUUUUUCUUUCCCCGUCUGGGUCGAUAAAUGUGCAUGGUGCCUUUUUUAUGGAGACUCUCUGUCUUAUGGAAAAAGAAAAAACAAGCAAGGAGAAAAAAAAAAAAAAAACAUCAGGCUGCUCUGCUUUAUUCAUUUCAUGUUUGAACCUGUGGAAGCUCUCCUGAACCUGGAGGGACAUGAACACUUUAAUAGGGACCAGGCCAAAGGCGGGGGGGGCAGUUCUUAUGGGACCACGACGCCUCUUUAUCCUGGAUGUGCUUCAUCACAUGCUGGAGGACAAUCCAACCAAUCCUCUGCGAGAUGUUUGUAUUUAGUUUCCCUACUUCACUGAUAUGUACAAGUUGGCUUUGUCUGCGUCGGCCGUGUAUGUGUUAUCUGUGGAGGCUGUUGGUGGGAGUCACACAAGCAUUGCCAUAGGACAACAUUUCAGACGCUAAUGAAUUUUGAACAUACAGAACAAGUCAUCUCUGACUUGAUUGUCAUUGGGAGUGUAUAUCUAUAUAUAUUAGUAAGUGUAAUCAGGAGAUGUUAUAUUUGUAAUAUCAUGGUUUAACAAUGACAGAGAACUAGUUUUGAGAACAACAUUAAGAUGCAUCACUACAGUAGAGGCUCCACAGCCUUUUACUUUGAUACAACCCAUAACCUAACAGUGUCACAGUUGCUGCAUACUGUACAGUAUAUCUUUUGUCUAAACAUCUUUUUGUCUUUGUGGAAGAUUGAUGGGGGACUUUUGGCCAAGUAAUUUUUUCAUCGGUCAAUCAUGCACACUCCUUUACAGCACAAAUACAAUUUUUGGUCUUUUAUGAAAACUCUAAUCAGCCUGUCUUCCCUCCUUUAAUAGAAUGAAUGAUUGUAGCUGUCAGCAUCCAUUAUAAGCCAUACAUUGACCUUGUAGCCCGCGCACACUCGAUCAUGUUUUGACAAUGUUUUUCCAG